GCUCUUUCUGCCACGUUGCACUUCAUAAACCUGAUAGCAGUGAGAGUCGAUGGAGCAGAAGCUGGCAGAGUUCAGAGCCAGACGACAGGCUGAUAACACCAUGAAGAAGGAAGACAGUGCUGCUGAUCCACAUUACAGAGACGAGACAGAAGAGGACACAGCUCCUCUGAUUGAUAAAACAACAACUGAGAGACAUCAACAGAUAGAAGAGACAGAAAACAUCACAGCUUCAAUUCAGAGCUCUCCAAAGAAGGACCGCAGUGACUGGCUGCUGGACAGCGCUCUGGGAAGAUGGCUGGCUUCGAGACAACUUGUCUUCACAAACCUUACUCUGCUUAAAGUGCUGCUGUGGCUGGUGCUGCUCGGUCUGUUUGCUGAACUGGAGUUUGGCCUGCCUUUCUUCGUCAUCUCCCUCUUCUACUGGCUCUACCAAGGACUCCGUAGCCCAGCUGCCCGUGAGCCUGGAGAAAUGAGCGCUUAUUCUGUCUUCAAUCCAGACUGUCAGCCUCUGCUGGGCGCUAUCACUGCAGAGCAGCUGGAGGGAGAGAUGGGUUACAGUUAUAUGGCAAAUCACAGCUGAAGCGCUUACAUUUAUAUUUGCACAUUUAUAUCAAAUAAUUAAAUCUUUUUGUCCUUUCAAAAAUGUUAAUUUUAUUCAGGGACUUAUAGGAAGGAUUUGGUCUACUUACAGUUGUAUUCCUGUUUCUGUUAUUUGAAGCAGUUUAAUAAUAAUCUCUUCAGGUUGUGGAAAAGGGAUAUCAAUUAACCAUUACUUGGUGCACAAUAUAAUGGGUGACAUUUGGUUCUUAACAGAUUUUUAAAUCUGAACUUUAACUCCAUUUCCUGUACUGAUCAAUAUGGAUUUGCAAAAAUGUGGGAAUGAUAUUUAAGGGUGAGCUGGGAAGAAACAACGGCUCAUCCUAAAGGAAAAGCUUUUUAAUUUAUAUAAGAAAAAUGUUGUUUACUUCAAAUAAAUGGCUUUUCAAGUUUAAUAAAUAAUUCUGAUGUAUCAAAC